AUGAUUCACGAUCUCAUUAGUAGCGGCGACGGUAGAAAUAUUAUGAUUGUGGAAGAACUGUUGUCCUUCGUACAUUCCCCGAUGUCGACAAGGGAUAUUCGUAUCGAGAUCACCGAUAGCAUUUCUAAUGAACACAUUCUAAUCCGAAGAUGA